AUGAUAGGUUUGUUGAGCCUGAGACGAGAAACUGCUGAUAUGGGGCCCCGAGCCAUGGGAUGGUGGCAAGCCUGGUUUUCAGGCACCAUUCUAUCUGCCGUUGCUGAGCACGCUUGUCAGGAACAUCGAAGACAGUUUGAAUUUCAUUGCGCUUCCGGUGGUCAAUGUGUCAAGGCGUCCAGCCGUUGCGAUGGUCACAUUGACUGCUCGGAUGGUUCUGAUGAACAAUGCGGACCCGAGGACAGGGACAUUCUAGCCAUGGAGCAGGCAGAGCUGGCGGGCGUCGUCAACAACGGUACAGAGGUUCCUGGUGGCCUGGACAAGCAGGUCAAGGUUGAUCUUAAACGAGAAGCCCAGUUGGCUUUGCAAAAGGCCCAGCGUGAAGACAAGCAUUGCCAAAACGCGGAAGCUGGCACUGAAUGCUUUAAUCACGUGUUGUAUGCGAUGAGCCAUGGUAUUUAUCAGCAUCCCAAGUGGUAUCCUGGCCUGACUACCGGAUCCAGCUUCGGUGAUUUUCAGGCUUUGCUUCACCUACUGCCUGGCAAUGCUUGCACCCGACCUUGCUCUGAGGCAGGAUGCCUGCGGCUAUCAGCGCAGUUUGCCUGCCAGACUCGGGUGGAGUGGCUGCGGCAGGUGGAGCUGCUGCAACACCAUUCAUGGUACCCGGAGCUCACAGCGCGAAGCAGCUCCGAGGCGAUUGCAAAGGCGCUUUGGCAACGUGGAGAUCGUGCAUGUCAACGUCCGUGUGGAGAGCACGAGGCAGAUGAUCCGGAACUGCUGAAGGCCGUGAAGCGACCUGCCCCAAGUGUCCACACGGCUCCGGAGCCGCAAAAGCAGCGGGUACCAGCCGUGAAGAAGUUGACACGCCAGGUUUGUCUGGAACACGGAGUGAGCUACUUGCCACUGGACAUGAUGGGCUUCGCUCCACGACCAGCAGACAACCCGAAGUCAUGCCAGCUGAUGUGUGCUCAACAGCCGGGUGGAGCCUACUACAGCUUUUUCAUUCCGACUCAGACUUGUCACUGCGAGGCUGCAGAGGUAGGAAUGCCACACAGAGGAUGGGGCUUCAUCAGUGGCAGCACCGGCUGUGACCAUGUUCAGCAGCACCCUGACACGGUGGCAAUCAUUCAGCUUAUGGACCAUGAAUGCUACCAGGCUGGGGUGGACUUUACAGGCAUUUUGAUAGAGUCCGGCUGGCAGGCCGAGGGAGGCAGGUCAUCGCCACAGCCCGAUCAGCCGACAUGUGCCUUGGCGCGCCGCAGAGAGCCGGAGCAGACGCCGCAGCCGUCAAUUAGACGCGUGGCCGAGGAUCCUGAUGAUCCUGGAUGCCACAAAGGACGACGCGCAAAGGAGCUGAAUGACGUGGGCAUCCGCUUGAACAAGGAGCGGCCCAAGAUUUCUGUGACGAAGACGCAGCUCGGACAGCAUGCGAACGUGAAGAACAUGACGAUUGUCGUUUGUGUGGUUCGUGGCUUCGUUCAGACCUGUUUUCUUACGACAUCCGACACAGCGGUGCAGGACUCCAGAGUGGACCGUCAGAAGCGACAAGAGCUAAUCUAUCGGCAGUUCACGGUCGCGAAGCAAUGCAUGGAUGAAACUGGCCAGGCAAUGACGGAUGGGCCAUUGGAAGCCUUGCACCUAGCCGCCCAGCGGUGCAAAGAUGCUUUAGAGACUGGAGACCUGCAGACCUUGACUGCCUCCCUGGACCUCGGCCGCACAUUUGCCGCCGAGCUGCCGAAGAUGCCGCAGCAGACCGCGGACCCCAGUCCUGGCAACGGUGCCACUGUGAGGCCGAGCGCCAGGUUUGCCCUGAAUGCGUGGCGACCGACGUGGCCCUCUGAAACCCAUGCGCUGCAUCCUUUGCCUGUGGAGGCCAAAAUGCAGGCCUCUGUGCCAGCUCAAGACGAGUCGGCCGGAGAAGAGGGCAAGAAUCCUUGCGAACCUGCAAAGCAUCAGGAGAAGAAGGAUUUGGCUGAUGCUGCCGCAAGAGGCGGACAGCAUGCUAAAGCACUGCGGAUGUACGAGGAGCUAUUGCAAGAAACUGACAUCGCCCGUGUGGCAGUUCUAUGCAAUGCGGCUUUGAUGGCACUGAAAGUGGCACCCUUGCAAUGCCGUUGGCCUUGGGUCAAGCAUAUGCUGCACCUUGCGCUGAAGUACAGCAACGAAGCCUUGGCGCUGGAGCCCGACAAUGUCAAGGCACACUUCAGGCGUGGAUGCGCGCUGGAAGCCCUCGAGCGCUUUAGGGAUGCCUACUUCGCUUACUCUGCAGCUUUUGCCCUUGACCCAGCAGAUGCACGAAUACGGGCAGCUUUUGAUCGCAUUGGUCGCUAUGGCCCUCAUGAACUGGGUGCUGAGCUGAAGGCUCAGAUUAAUGCCACAGGCACGUCGUGGAGGGGCAGCCGGGCCAAAGGUGCUCGUCGUGCCGGCACGGCAAAGGCAACGGAGACACCGCCUCCUGAUGGGCCAUUCCGUUCUGAGUGUUGCUUUUGCAAAGCAAGUGUUGUUGGUGGCGAUCUUUUUGCUUCACCGUGCGGCCAUGGACCUUUUUGUGGGCGUUGCCGGCGACAUGUGGAGGAGGCUGGCCGUGGCUUGAGUAUAUGCUUGCUUUGCCAACGUUCGGGAGCAAGCGCUGAGCAGAUGCUGAUUGCAGAGUGGGUAAGUGCUGACGCCCUACAAGCCGGUCCGAUUCCAGAUGAGGCUGCAACGCAAGGCCGCUUCGCUCGACGCCCCUUUGGACCGCGCCGUCCACCUGAGAUGGUGCAGGAGACCGACCUGGUUGCCCCGUCGCGACGGAGUCGGAAGCAGAAGCUCCUCGAGGAGGAAGAAGAGAAACGACGCAUGGAGGAGGAGGAGGCUGCGAAAAUGGAACAAUUGCGCAGAGAAGUCGAAGCUGAAAGGGAAGACUUUCCGGCUCCACAUUUAUUCCCAGAGAUCAACGCCGUCAAGCGCCUCAUGCGGCAGGACUUUGAUCCCGGGCAUUUGGUGUUGCGGAGAUGGCUGAAGAAAGGGAAGUCACAAGGCUUCGUGACGGUACCCUUCGCCAGUGCACUACGACCUGUAGUGGCCGAUCCGGACGUGAACAUCUGCAUCGUGAGCCGUCGGGAGUUUUCGGACAAAAGGACCAAGGCGUGGCAGGACAAGUUGGAGGAACUCCCUCUGUUUGAUAUCAGCGGGGUAGUCGAGACGCCGGAUGACAUCGAUCCGCUCUCACCUGCCUUCCGCACUCCAUUGGACCAACUACCAAGUCAUGAGGAGCUCCAGAAACAGCUACAAGAUGCCAAGGUGAUGAAGAAAUUGUUGCGUACCUCGGACCGGAGCAUGGAGGAAUUACGCGAACGUGCCACUUCCAAGGUGGGACAUGACAAAGUUCUGCAUGAAGUGGCGAAUCAACUCCCUGCGCGGUUGCUGACAGAGGAGUAUCGUGACUUGAUCCGGAGCACCGUCAUUGAGGUCUUGAUGGUCAUGUGGUCCAUGCAUGCCUCAACCGGCUCUACCAAGUUGAGGUGGAGGCUGACUUGUACGGACAAGCAGGAAGCACCCACCCCGGAGACUUCCCUGAGAUCGAUUUUUCUGCUUGCCGGCGAACCCUUGGAGUUCAUCCCACAGCAGUUCGUUGACAGGAAGAAGUUCUCGGCUGAGCAGCUCCUGUCGCCAGAGCAGAUCCGGCGAAUGGACUCUGAGGCCUGGGCAGGAAGCUUGACAAAAAAGGGCACCAAUGUGUCAGAGGCCUUCAAGCAAGUGCCACCGGGCUGGAUGACAGUUCUGAAGGGUGACAGCUGGCCGGGCAUGAGGGGCAAAGGUGCAGUGUAUCGGCUUCCUCAGUUUGGCAAGCGGGUCUACGUUGAGGUGGACGUCCUUGAGGCACCACGGAUUGCGGCAGGAACGACCCCUGAGGAUGCGGAACCUGAACAGGAAUCCAGUCCUUCCUUCCAAUCCUUGGGGCCCUUGGCGGGGCUGGCUGCAUUGCUCUUUGCUGUGGCUCGGCAGACCUACUUCUUCAAGGUGGGCAAUGAUCUUCGCUUUGAGCUUAACAAGACCCUUCGAGCACUUCAACAACGUCCACAAAGCUUAGAAGCCGAGACGCGCGCGGGCCUGACGGACUUUGAACAGAGACUUUGGACCGAUUUGGAGCCGGAUGAAGCACCUGUGGUGCUGGUCGUUGGCUCCGAGACCGAAACAGGGCAAGUCGUGCUCAGGAAGCUGAUCACCAGUGGCUACCCCUGCUUUGGGCUCCCAUCAGCUGCAGAAGCUACUGGCUUCCCUGGCUCGCGAAGUAACGUGAUGAAAGGUCAGAAGACAUAUCUUGGAAAGGUGCCAGACAGCCUUUACGAUGCUGUGGCUGGCGUGGACAAGCUGGUGAUUUGUGACUGUGAUUCUGAUGAUUUUGAUGAAACGCAGUCUGAGGUGAUCAGCAACGUCCUGAGGGCGUGGCAGCUCUAUCGUCAAGACUUCGCCGAGCAACAGCGGGCCUUCAACAGUAAGGUGCAGAUCUUUAACUUUGACCGCACCACGGACUUCGAGCUGUGGGACUUGGAACGGCAAUAUCCCUCCGACAUGUGCUAUGGUUUCCAACGAGCAGGUUGGACCCGGAACUCGCAGGGAACGGCGCACUUCGUUGGCCAGUUCUUUGAGGCUUUCGGGCAAUGCCAGCUGAGGUCUCCGAAGCUGAAGCUGAACUUCUCGCGUUUCGGAGGGCUCCUGGUCGGCGUCUACAACGGGGCCGUGAAAAACAAGUUUUCUUGGUUUCUGCGCACUUCGGACUUUGAAAGAACGCGCGUUCAGUUCGAGUUUGACUUUGAGUGCGAGGCAGGCAGCUGGAACUAUGUCCGGAUGCCAUUUAAUGCCUUCAAAGCAGUUCGCACGGAUGGUGUGGAACUCCCUGAUAGCGAUUUCCAGCUUCGGCGGGAAGAUGUGGUGCAGAUGGGGGUGGUCUUCCGCACCUAUGGCGAAGAACGCUACUAUCAAGGUGAUCGCAUGAACUUCUUCUCCUUGGCCAUUGACUACGUGAAAGCCUUCAAAUUGCAGAAAGAGCCGCAGGUGGCAUUUGUCGGCAAAGUGGACCAAGCCGGUCCUGUCAUUAUGGAGGCAGAGGCAGAGACUCCAGAGGAAUCGAGUUCCUCGAGGGGGCCUUACAACGGGCUCUACACCCCGCCAAAGACGACGGCAGAGGCAGUAAUAGAAAGCGGCCUUGCCUUUACCAUGUUGCGGGUGAAGGGGCUCAACGAGCACCCUGGAGGCAAGUUUCCGGUGGUUUUGCAUCAAGCGCCACUCGAGAGGCCUCACUUGUCAUAUCGAACAGCGGACGUGGGCUCGAUCUCUCGCGGAGACGUGGCGGCGCUACUGGUGUCUGCUAUGUCUGAACCGAACUGCGUCAACGCGGAGAUUGUGGCAGGCGAACCUGCCGGGGAAACUGACAGCUCUGUGAUCACAUCCACCCUCCAGGUGGACCACGUCCGACGGGAGCUGGGUUUUGCUGGGUUGAGGCUAUUUGAAGCAACUGCGGCCAAACAAGUGAGGGUCAUCAUCCCCUGCGCGCAUGAGGAUGCUUCCAUUGAUGAUUUUAUUGAUGUGCUAGAGGAGACUGGCACAGCACCACGCCAGUACUGCAAGUGCAUUUACGUCUACAACAAGAUUGACCUGCUGAAUGUCAGUCAAGUGGAUGAGCUGGCAAGACAGCCGUAUUCUGUGGUGGUCUCUGUGAGCAAAGAGUUCAACCUGGAUGGCCUGCUGGAAAGAAUUUGGCAGGAGUUGGACCUAAGAAGGGUCUACACCAAGAAGAAGGGCCACUUCCCAGACUUCACGGAUCCGAUUGUUUUGACCUGCCAACGGGGCAACAAAACCUUCACCGUGGAGAAUGCUGUUGGUUUGCUCCACAAGCAUGGCAAAAAGACUGGCACUACAUUGGCCGGUGGCAACACACAAGUGGAUCCAAGUGGCAAAAAGGACGGGCGCUUCUUGCGUGGCUUUCAGCCCGCUCCGUCUCACGUGGCGCCAGGACGGGCCAUGCGGCUCUUCAUUCGUGCGCUUGGUGGGGAGACGCUGCCCCUGGAGGUGCCCUCAACAGCCACUGUGGUCGCCCUCCAGCAGCUGUUGGCAGAGAAGGAGCCUCUCGAGCCGGUAGUCCCAGAGUUGCAGCCACUGGAGCCAAAUCCAGAAGAGCUUGGAACUGUCAAGAACGGAUGCCACCGAACUUGGUACUGGGGACCAUGUAGUGCUUUGGUUAUUUUCUCGCUCAUUGCCUUCAUUGCCUUCUCUGGAAAGACCUCCUCGGAACUGGCUGUUUCAGAGGGCCUAGAGGAUCUCACCGGUUUGAGCUCUACCACGUCAUGUUCUGCUGUGGAUUGUAAAGGCAACUUUGCCCGACACGGCUCGGCUGUGCGCUGCGAUGGCAAAGCAACCUCCCAGAAGUGCAUCAACACGUGCUGCACGAGAGAGAUCAAAUGCUCGCGGCUUGGAGCCGGCUUUUGCGGUGGGGUGGGUGCUGGCUUCUCCCGUCGGGUGAUCACAUUCUUGGAUGAAGGGCUUCCACUGCGCACAGGCACCUGCAAGGGUGAGGAGAAUUGCAAGAGCGCCUGCUGUCAGGGACUAUGUCGAAAAACAACUUGCCCAGCCGACCGUUGCCCUAUGCCAUAUGCGCCGAGGAAAUGUACUUACGGCAGCUGCGAGGAGCAAUGUUGCUACGACAAGGAGGAGUACUGUGGAUGGGGACCCAACGCUUACACCCGCGCUUGCCGCAAGUGCAAAGACACCUUGACGUAUUGUGAAGAAAAGCUCGGCAUUUCCCGCUCUUCUGUGACCAGAGACGAGUGGAACAGGAUUGUGAUGCGGAAGGUGGAGCAGGGGAAGUUAGUUCCUGGCUGCGAAGAAGAUCAUUACCUGAGGUGCGAGGACACCAAGCUGAAGUUCAGCCUGACCACGGUCUUCCCAUUCCACAAGACGGCGGAGGGCGUGAGUGCGAAUACGGUGGCCGUCUUGCCCGGCGGUACCGAAGCCAUCAGUGGUGGAAACGACGGGACGGUGUGGGAUUGGCGCAUAGCUGAUGGCAAACCCUUGAAGAACUUUACAGAAGAUACAAACCCCAUAUUGCAAGUUGCACCAUUCAACGAUGCCACCUACUUUUGUUCUGUCAGCCAGGAACAAGCCAUUGUUUGGCUGCUGCAGUUGCGAGAUGGGCUGGAGGUCCCUGGACGGACUGAGCUUCCUCAAGAUGACAGGAAGCACAAGAAGACGGCUCCGGGGAAUACGGCCUGCAUCGGAUUGAACACCUGGGAGACAGCGGUUGUAGGACAGAACAACAGCUUCGUGGUGAUUUGGCAUUGGAAGGCGGAUGCAUCGAUGACGGUGCCGGUCGAUCCGGAGCUCCAAUGGAUUCAACAGAUCAGGACUGAUGCUGGAUACCACCAAUGGCCAAAAUGGGAUAAAUCUAGUCAAUUGAUGGAUGCGUUCAUCAGGUGGCGCCGUCACAUUUUUGGCCUUGAUCGCGACUACGAUCGUCGCCUGAAAGAGGUCAACAUGUCCGAGCUGAUGAACUCGAAAGCGCCCAUCACUCCCGAGUCAGACGCACGGCAGCUGCGCCGUUCUGUCAGCCCAUGGCCGAACUACUUCAGCAACAUCAGGUGGGGCGAUGUUCCACACUGGUAUUACGAACCAGACAAUGGUUGGGGCAAGGUAAUCAGCUUGGUGGAGAUUCCAUCCAACCUGUGGUUCGUGGUGGGCUAUGAAUAUGGCAGCAUACGGAUUUGGAAAAGCUACAAUGGCUUCCUCCAGGCGAUCAUUCCUCAAGCUCACAUCGGCCGGGUGAAUGCAUUGCUGGCUCAGCCUGCAGGUGAUCAGUUUUGGUCUGGUGGUGAUGAUGGAUGGAUUCGACUCUGGCAGGCUGGCAACGGGCAUCCGGUGCGCUCACACUACGCGGUGUACGCUGGGCAAGUUAAAUCAUUGGCCAUGAUCCCCGGAGGAAAUGCCUUCUAUUCCGGCCAUAGCAAUGGCAAAGUCUAUGUGUGGCUGGUGUACUCCACUGAUAACAAGGAGACGGAUUGGCCUAUUUGCCACUUUAACCCCAAAGGUGGCGUGGUGAACUCGCUGGCGGUGAACCCUGGAAGCAUUGGGCAAAUCCUGGUGGCCUUGCAGGAUGGCUUGAUCAAGGUCUACACACAGGGACGUUGA